AUGGCUCUCUUAAUUUGUGUGUUGUUGCUUUUCUUGUUCCCUUUGAGAAACAUUAAUGCUCUGCCUCAACCUCCGAAUCCUGGCUACCAAGUUAGCACACGAUAUCCGCCGGUCGAUUUCAAGCAAUGGUUUAAAAAUUUAUGGGGUCCUACGAAUCAAAGGCUCGACGGCGAAACACUCACUGUGUGGCUUAAUCAGAAGUCAGGAAGUGGAUUCACAUCAAAGCAUGCCUACUGGGCCGGUUAUCUUUCGGUCGAAAUGAAGCUUCAGCAGGGGUACACGGCUGGAGUCGACACGUCUAUUUACUUAUCGAGCACUAGAGAUUACGCGCACGAACAUGAUGAGCUGGACUUUGAAUUUCUGGGGAACGUUGAAGGGAAGCCUUAUGUGCUUCAAACCAAUGUGCUGACGAAGCAGAGUACUGAGGCAGAUGGGUAUGCUCAAGGCAGAGAACAGCAAUUUAACCUUUGGUUUGACCCUACUGCUGAUUUUCACAGAUAUGCCAUUUUAUGGAAUCCAAAGGAAGUCAUAUUUUUCGUAGAUGAUGUGCCGAUUAGACGGUACCGGAAUAAAGCCGGUUACUCAUUUUUAACAAAGCCCAUGUGGUGUUUUGGUUCCAUUUGGGAUGCAUCAUCUUGGGCCACGGACAACGGGUUAUACAAAACCAACUACGCAUACCAACCAUUUUUUGCAGAGUAUCGGAAUAUAGCUAUCCACGGCAGCCCCAGCCCUAGCGCCGCCAUGACAAGACGCUUCACCGCUUCUCCGGACGGCUUGUUUGGCCUCAGCCCGCAGCAAAUGUCGGCCAUGCGUUGGGUUCGGAAUAAUUACAUGAUUUAUAACUAUUGCCGGGAUAAAACACGUAAUCCUUUGGACUCUUCCGAGUGUAGGCGGCUCUGA